AUGAAAGGAAAUCUCCCUCCAAUUUCUCAAUUUCAACCCCACCCGGUACCCGGUUUGAUGACUCCACAGCCUCCUAAUCCAUUCUGCCUUCCUAAUCAAUCCCGCUCUCCAACCCCCUCUCCUUCUCCAGCUCACUUACCUCUUCCUCAACUCCCUCUUCCUCAAUCUGCCAGGCCUCUUCCUCCUCUCCAGAAGUAUGUAGAUUUUUCAGUUUUCUGCCCUACCUGUUAUCCCACUGUGGCAUAUACCUGCCCUCCCCACUAUCCUACCACAAUACUCUACUUGCCCUGCUCUUCUGCUAUUCGUUACAAACCAUUCAUUUGUCAAUGCCGUGGUCCCAGAACUCUUUCUGGUAACUCCCCUAUCGAUCACCCUAGCCCUCCUCCUAGUCCUCCUCGCCGAGGCUCUGGUCCCAGAACUCUUCCCCGUGACUCCCCUACCUGUCCCUCUACUCCUCCUCCUAGUCCUGCUUGCAGGUGUCGUCCCAGAGCUGUUUCCUGGGACUUCUCUACCUAUUCCCCCACCCCUCCUCCUUAGCCCUACUUCUUUCUAGUCCCCUGUCCUCUAGUCCCAGCCCCCAGCCCCACCACCCCCAACCUGACCUCUUGGUUCACACGUCUCAUCUUGGAGAUGGUUUCCCUGCUCCUGGAACCA